ACUAAAAUGGAUGUUCAUAAUAUGAGAGUGCUCUGGCUAAAAGAAUGUUGUGGCUUUUAAUUGAAAAAUAAAGAUCAAGAGAACAGUAUUAAAUUACAGUUAAUAUGAAGGUCUUCAAAUGUGUUGACUAUGAACUAAGGAAACCACUCUCUCCUUUUAUAUGCUCAACACCUUUAGAUUUUGUGGAGGAAAGAGAGUAUCUUUCGCAGGUGGUAUUUCCACAACUUGACAGAUUAUGUAAAAGUAGAGGUUCAUCUUUCACACCUGUUGACUUGCUAUGGAACCCUGGGCAAAAAAAAUUACAGGAUGGUAUCAUGUUAAAAACACACUUAGAUGAGAUAAAAAAAUGUGCACCAUUUUUCAUAUGUCUUUUGGGAGAGACUUAUGGUCCAUUCAGAAGUGAAAACAAGCCUCCUUUAUUGUCCAGUUUGGAUGGACAUUUAAAAAGAGCCCAGGAAGAUUACGAUUGGUUGGAUAAAAAUAUUUUAAACGCUGCUUCUGGUGGCCACCCCUGGAUUCUACAGAAAGGCCAUCAAUACUGCAGUGUUACAGAACUGGAAAUUAUUCAAGGGAACUCACUGUGUGAUGACCAGCAUGUCACAUUUUAUUAUCGACAAUCUGAUCAUUUAGACGAUAGGUUACAAACAAUACACGAUAAAGCACAAAAAGAUGAAAUUGUGAAACUGUAUUCUUCUGAAUCAGAACUUUGUAAGGAAAAAAUACACACUCUAAGACAAAGACUAGUAAACAAAGGAAUACCAGUGAAAUAUUUUCGCACUUUGGAAGAUUUAGCACAAGUUGUUGUAGAAGAUUGGCGACAGAUAAUUGACUUUGUUUUACCUCCUUUGAUUCACGAUGCAAAAUUAUUGGAUACACGAGUUUACAAUGACUGGCUAGUGCAAGAAUCAUUUCUCCAGAAGAGAGCAGAAGUAUUUGUCUCAGCUACUGAUAUAGAAGAAACUUUAGAGCAAAUAACAGAGUUUGCACUAACAUGCAAAAGAAAGGUAGCUGGAGAUCCAGUUGAAGAAGUUCUGAACUCAAAUACUGCAAAUGAUGAUGAAAGCCAAUUUUUAAUUUCUGCAUUGAAAAAGAAUGUUCCUACAACUGAAGUGGCAAAGAGCAUCUUUCUGCUAGCGGGGGACAGAGGCUGUGGCAAAACCACACUAGCUGCCAGAUGGCUGCACAGCUUCAGGGAGGAUAACUGUGGGAUAUGCCUCAUUUCCCACUUUACAUCAGCAUCAAACAAAAGCACCAAUGUGGAGGACUUCUUAAGAAAAAGUAUUGAGAUGCUGAGAAAAGAAUUUUUGUUCUCAGAGGACUUCGAUUCAAAUUCUAUUUGUGCUGCAACUGAAAGGGAUUCAGACAGCCAGAGUUACCUGUCCUUGUGUGAAACUUUCAAAGCUUCCCUGGGGCUAGGACCAUGUGUUCUUUUAUUGGAUGGUGUGAAUGAGCUGGGCCCCACCUAUGACCUGAGUUCACAGAAAGUAAAAGAAUGUUCAUGGCUGCCAGGUAUUGUUCCAGAGACAUGUAGAAUAAUACUCACCACAACCAAAUCGGAUGUUUCAUUUAGAUUUUUGACACAAAGGCCAGAUGUUUUGGUCAUUGCCACCCCGAGCUCUCUGACCAAUGCUGGGACAACGUUACAGAUGGUGAAAGAACACUUUCCAGAACUAAGCCAGCUGAUUGGUGGGGAAAAAGUUUUACACCAGUUGUCUUGUUUGAAGAUCAUGCAAACCCCUUUAGGCUCCAUGGUCAUUGGCUCUGAGAUCUGUAGACCCAGGGUGUACACUAAUUUGUCAGCUUUCUUGGAAAACUAUGCAGAGAUGUUAUCACUGCGCAACUUUUGGAUGAUCUGUGUACAAAGUUGGGUGCAGACACACAGCUGGGCCCUUGGGAAACCAUCUUCUGAGCAUGACAAAAAUUCAGCUCCGUAUGGAUGGGUAAUUGACACGCUUUGCUUGAUUACGCUGUCACGCAAUGGGCUCACCCAGAACCAAAUUCUUUCCAUCCUGAAGAUGAUUGGUUAUGUAGACAGCCUUGAGGUGUCACCCUAUGAUUGGUUGCAGUUUCAAUGCUCUGCCAAGUCCACACUUUAUGUAAGAGAGGAUGGAAAGAUAUAUUUCAGUCACAAAUAUUUGCAAGAGAUUUCUGAGUACACAUUUUUUCACUCCAUCUCAACUUGUCCUAAUGAUCCAGAGAUGAUUGUCAAACUCUCCCAGUCUUCGACCAGACGCCUGUACCACGGGCACCUGGUCAGGUAUUUUUCCCAGCAGCCUUUAGAUGUGCAGGUUAUGGAGGAGCUGCCAUGGCAUAUGAUGAUGUCAGGGGAUUUGAAUGGAUUAGUGGAUUAUCUCACAGAUUAUAGAAUAUUGCAGCAAAUAUUUGAUGAGGAUGUAAACUUAUGGGUAGAGGAUUUGAAACUCUAUUGGUCAGUGUGUGAGACCAAUGGUCAGUUGGCUGGGAUGAUUUACCUUGAACUUGCUAAAUCUUUUGGGAUUCCAACCAACCCUGAUCAGAAUGGUGAAAACAGUUUUUUGGAUGGCACCAUCACCAGCCCGAGCCCUAAAGUAUUUGUAUCAGAAAUACAGCUAGAGGAUGAAAGUUAUGAAAGUUUUAGCAACAACCUGUCAGCUAGCCAAACACAAAUGAUUUCAAAUGGAAAUCUGGUUGAGAAAUCUGUUUUUGUUACACAAGGAAGCCUAAAUAAAAAUUCUACAGACAAAGAACUGAUAAAUGAAGAAAACAAGGAAGAGAUUCUCAGCUUUUCUCAAGUUACUAAUCUGUUUUGGAAUAUUGCCAGUUUUCUUCGAAAUUGUGGGCACAAAGAAGAAUUUGUGGUUUUACUAAUAUCCCUUACAAAAUACCUAACACAGACUGAAAAGCUUGGGAUCAGAGAACAAAUUUUGUUGUGUCGUUGCCACUGUGUGGCUGGAGAACUUAAGCUGGCAUCAGAAGACAUUCCUUCAGCUGAGGCUGAGUUCAGACUGGCCCUGCAUGCUGCUCUAUCAGCAGACAACUUGGAUGACGACUUCAUGUUUCAGAGUCAGUUACAUUAUCUUAAAGCACUGAUUCUUUGCCAUCAAGGCUUCAUUCACCUACAACUAAAUGAUCAUUAUGAAGCAGAAGAUCUCUUUAAAGAAGCCCUAGAGUGUAUUGAAGAUAACCCCAACUGCUUUGUUCUCAAAUCAACAAUUUUCAAACACAUGGCAUCAUUAAGCGCAAGUAGACAGGAUUUUCUAAAGGCUGAGUCGUACUUGCGAGAAGUGUUGAAGUUGCAGGUGCAGUGGUAUGGUUUGUCCAGUAAGUCAGCAGGUGACACAUUGGUCAUGCUGGCCAAGGUGAUGUUACAAGCAGAAGGUGCCCAGGGAGAUACUGUUAUGAAAGUCAAAUCUUUGCUUCGACAAGCUUUGACCAUUUUAGAGAAGUGUAAUGGGCAGUCACACUCAUCAGUUGCUGAUGUUCUUUAUGAUCUAGGAGUUUUAUUAGCUGAUGAAUCCAGUCGUGCUGCCAAAAUGGAGGCCCAGAAGUACUUACAGCGCUGCCUGGACCUGAGAAUUUCAGAGUUGGGGGUGGAUAAUCAUCUGACCAAACUCACCUUACAGUGUCUCACAAGAGUCAAAGUAGCUCUUAAAAUGGGUCAACAUGGCUCCCACCCAACUAGCAGAUCUACCAUGAGAAGCAAUGAGGUGGUGUGGAUAAGAAUGGGUGAGAAACUCACCAAAUCACACAACAUACAUAGAGCAGAAGGCAGGUCUGAUACGGCCAGCGUGCGAAGUUUAUCAACUUCCAGAGAGAGGCCAGCGAACAUAACGGACCAUCGUAGACUGUUGCGGAGAGAAAAAGAAAAACAAAUUUUCCCACUGUCUUGUGAGAGUUCUGAAAACUUGAAAAAAUUUGUAAAUUAUGGGAGUAAAGAUAAAACCAAUUCUACAAGAUCUGAAAACCUGCUUCUCGCAGAUCAAAAACAUCUAUUAAGGGAACACAGUCAUUAUGAUAAUAUUUCUCCUGAGGGCUACUUAGCUAUUGAAAAUGGUAAAACAGACGGAAAGCAAAUAAUAUCCUUGAAUAUGCCAAAGGAGGAAAUGAAUCACAGCACAGUGAGUGAAAACCAGCCAUCAUCUGAGCAUUAUUUAGACGUGGUAGAUAAACAAGCAAAUGAGAAAAAGAAGAAGCGAGUAAUCAUCCAGUCAAUGGUCCACCCAAGAUUUUAUUACCAGAGGAUUAAGACAUCUGACCUGGAGUCAAAAUCAUCCUCAUCUAUCAGUAAAAUUUCCAGCAGCCGCGCGUCCAACCGUCUUUGGAGUGGAGGCAGCAUCUUGACGGAUAGGUCAUCCGCGUCCAGCGCUCACUCCUCUCACUGCCACAUCCCCAAGUGCCACGACAUCACUGUCAGCAACACCAAGUCCGUCAGUGGGCCUCACAGCGACAUCACAAGUCUCUUGGGUGACCCCCCUUGUCCAAGACCUGUCUCCCACAGGGUACAUCACCGCUCUGCAUGGUACCAUGUUCCUGGGAGGUACGUCACUCCACAGGAGCAGUAUCCAAAGAAACGCAUGCAAAAAACAGACAAUGCAAGAGAGAUUGAGACUUUUGUUUCAAUGAAAACAAAGUGGCUCCAAGAUAGACAGAAGCAAAUAAAAAUGGCAACAUUUGCAGAACAGGAAUUUAACAAUGGCAUCAUUGCCAAUUAAUAAAUUGUGAUUCAGCACUAGAACAAUGUUAAAUUUAGGUCUUUCUAAUAUCAAGAAAGAAAAAUAAACAACAAUUAUAAAAUAAAUAACAAUGGCAUCAUUGCCAAUUAAUAAAUUGUGAUUCAGCACUAGAACAAUGUUAAAUUUAGGUCUUUCUAAUAUCAAGAAAGAAAAAUAAACAACAAUUAUAGACCAAAAAUAAUAAUGUCCGGAGGUUCUCUAUAAAUGGCAUCCAUUAAGAAGAAAGGAAAGUUAGCCAAAACAAAUAUGGACGAAUUCAGCUGAAAUAAUGUAAAAAGAAUGUGGAUUCAGCUUUAGGAAGACACCAUGAAGUCUGCUAAAUGGUUUUGAUACUAUCCGGUGCUUCUCCACUUGAAGGAUGACGAUUUAUAAAAAUGUAGAAUUGUUAUACGUUGUUAAAUUUGAAGUUUUUGCUGGGCUAAUUAUGUUGAUGUUUAAUUACAAUCUAAGUUUAUAAUCAAAAUUGUACAUAUUUAUUGUUUUGUUUACCGUUUUAUUUUGUACGAUAUAGCUGAGCUGUGAUAUUUUACAAGUAAUCUAAAAACACAUUUUUUCUAAAGAUAUCUUUAACUGAAUGAAAGAUUCAUGUUUAUAAACAAAUACAAUGCUUUCUACUGUAGUAGACCUAUAUCCAAAACAGCUCUUUUUAAACAUUUCUUUUUAAAGAUCAGUUUAAAACUUUUUUGGAUGGAGAUUGCAUAGAAUUGUUGGAUAAAAAUAAUUUUAUGUAAUUGAAAUAAAAAAUUUUUUUAAUAACUGACAGAUGAAACAACUAUCUCUAGAAAAUGGUAGAUGAAGUAGAGUUUAUCUGGCCUUAAAUGUAUGCUCGCAGUUUCCAUUGUUUGAGAGCCAGGUACACAUCAUUGAUGAUCAAUGGACUUAAGCCUAAGAUCUGAACUCAAAACUUACAGGUUAACAAUCAUUUGCGCUACCACUGAACCAUGCCUAUCCAUGUAACCAUGUAAAAUAGGAUUUUAAAAGUUUUUUAAAUGGGUAUUUUUUAAAAAUAAAUUUAAAUCCUGGGUAAAUUUUUUUUAUACAUGUACACACAAACAGUAUACCUUGACUUGUGUACAUGUUUUUGUACACACUGAAUGUAUUAUACACAGGUAUUUAUAUAGAAGCAGACCGUAUUAAAGUAUUUAAUA